AUGCUAGAUGCCUCAGCAAGAGGUAACAUUAGGUGGAAGACACCUGAUGAAGCUCAUGAAAUUAUUGAAAAUAUGGCAUCUAGUGACAAUGAUGUUCAAAGUGAGAGAGGACAAAAUCAAAAGAAGGGAAUGUUUGAGUUGCAAUCCCAAGAUGCCUUAUUAGCCCAAAAUAAAAUUAUGACUCAACAGCUUGAGUCUCUGAUGAAAAAGGUAUCACAACUACAAAUCCAAAAUGUAUCACAGGCACAACAUACUAUGCAAGGGUGUGAACUGUGUGGUGGAGAGCACCAAAAUGGACAGUGUGCUAUUCUCACCAAUGCUAAGGAAGAGGUCAAUUACAUGGGAAAUCAAGGUCGUCAAGGCAAUUAUGGAAAUUAUAAUCAAGGAUGGAGACCUCGUCCUAGCAUGGGUCAGGCUAGUUCCAGUAGACCACCUUCACAGUUUCAACAACAACCCACUCUUUCUGAUAGGACAUCAAAACUGGAAGAAACUCUUCAACAAUUUAUGCAGAUGUCCAUAUCAAAUCAAAAGAGCACAGAUGCAUCUCUAAGAAAUUUAGAAGUUCAAAUGGGUCAAUUGGCCAAGAAACUGGAAGAGAAGCCUGUAAAUACAUUUGGAGCUAACACUGAACCAAAUCCAAAAGAGCACUGUAAAGCUAUAACAACAAGGAGUGGUAAAGUGUUAGACAGUGUAGUUGUGAGGAAAGAGGAUCAAGAGGAAAAGUUAAAUGAGGAACAGAAAGAUAAAGAAGAAGAAACAUAUUCUAGAAAGGAAAAAGAAAGUCAAUUUUCUAGAUUUAUGGCUCUCUUCAACAAGCUAGAAAUUACAAUUCCCUUUUCUGAAGCACUUCAACAGAUGCCCUCUUAUGCUAGAUUCAUGAAAGAUCUGUUGACCAAGAAGAGAAAGUAUAUUGAGGAAGAAACAAUAGAGGUGCAAGGGAAUUGUAGUGCCAUCAUCCAAAAACUUUUACCUCCAAAAUUCAAAGAUCCUGGAAGCUUUACUAUUCCAUGUACAAUUGGAAAACUCCCUAUUGGAAAAGCAUUGAUAGACUUAGGGGCAAGCAUUAAUUUGAUGCCUUUGUCUAUGUUAAAGAAAAUAGGAGACAUGGAAGUAAAACCAACAAGGAUGACUCUACAAUUAGCAGAUAGGUCUUUAAAAUACCCAUAUGGAGUUAUUGAAGACGUACUGGUGAAAGUUGAUAAGUUUACUUUUCUAGUAGAUUUUGUUAUUCUUGAUAUGGAGGAGGAUACUGAAGUCCCCCUUAUAUUGGGUCGACCUUUCAUGAAAACUGCUAGAGUCAUAAUUGAUGUUGAUGAUGGUCAUUUGAAGGUGAGGCUACAUGAUGAAACAGUAACUUUUAAUGUUGUGGAGGCUAUGCAACAUCCAAAAGAUAAAGGGAACUGUUUCAGAGUUGAAGUACUGGAUGAUGUAGUUGAGAGUGUAAAAAAUCAGAUGUAUGUGAAAUCCCCUUUAGAGCGUGUAUUGGUUGAUGCUUGUGAAGACUGUUGA